UUUCAUUGGUCAAUGUUGCUGAUGUGAAAGUUGAAAAUGGUGAACCAGGACCAAACUGUGGCCAGCUGCUGUUGCACACUUCUCCUGAAGCUCAAAACAAAGAUGAGGAAGGGACUGAAAGUUUACGCUCAGACUUCAGUAAAACUGCAGAUCCGGAGCCAAUGAGACGACACGGUGACCACGAAGAUGCUGCUGUCCCGUCAGACAGCAACUGUAAAUCAAAGAUGACCAGGACCCACACGGGGAAGAAGGUAUUUUCUUGUAGCACUUGCAGGAAAGAGUUCAGUAAAAGUAGUAUUUUAAUAGCUCACAUGAAGAUCCACACUGGUGAAAGGCCGUACCUGUGCAGCACCUGCGGAAAAUCGUUUAGACAAUCAUCAGAUCUUAAACGCCACAUAACCACGCACACGGGCGAGAAGCCCUACAUCUGCAAAACAUGUGGAAAAAGUUACAGGCUACGUUCCACCUUGGUGGUUCACAUGAAGAUCCACACCGGUGAAAAGCCGUACCUGUGCAACACCUGCGGAAUAUCGUUUAGACAAUCAUCAAAUCUUAAAAGCCACAUAGCCACGCACACGAACCAGAGGCCCUACAUGUGCAAAACAUGUGGAAAAAGUUACAGACUAUCUUCCCACCUGCUGGUUCACUCGAGGAUCCACGUGAGCGAGAAGCCCUACAACUGCAAAACAUGUGGAAAAGGUUUCACACAAAGUGCCAGCCUGGUGAUUCACUCGAGGAUCCACACCGGUGAAAGGCCGUACCAGUGCAACACCUGCGGAAAAACCUUUUGUAGAUCAUCAUCUCUUAAGCGCCACAUAACCACACACACGGGCGAGAAGCCGUAUCUGUGCAACACCUGCGGAAAAACCUUUACUAGAUCAUCACAUCUUAAACGCCACAUAACCACGCACACGGGCGAGAAGCCCUACAUCUGCAAAACAUGUGGAAAAAGUUACACACAACGUUCCCAACUGGUGGUUCACUCGAGGAUCCACACCGGCGAAAGGCCGUUCGUGUGCAACACCUGCGGAAAAACCUUUACUGAAUCAUCAAGUCUUAAACGGCACAUAACCACGCACACGGUCGAGAAGCUAUAUUUGUGCAACACGUGCAACAAAGGUUUUAGCUGCAGAAGUAAUUUGCUGAGACACAUGAAAAAUCACCCGGAGGAGAAGUCUGGUGACUCGUGACAAAUGAAGUUCAUGUUGUCGUCCUCCGGGGGCAGCUGUCCACUCCUGUCUGACCCACAGAAGAAGA